AUGGACAUUGUAGCCUUUGAAUGGCUGAUGCAAAUGCCCCUUGCAUCCCGGGUUCUUGUUGUCGCCAUCCUCGUUUCUUCCACCUACCGCCGCGAGAUUCAAGCCCGGUUCCUCAUAUCGUCGUCAUACUUCCCACUGCUGGACUACGCAGGCCCGCUGCUGACCAACUCUUUAGUCUACGUGUGGGCACGGCGCCAUCCACACGAACAACUAUCGUUACUGGGGCUUGUUGCGUUCCGCGCACCAUAUCUGCCGUGGAUCAUGCUUGGAGUCGGCGUGCUGAUGGAUGCAUUGACAGGACGAAGGCAGACUGGCGGGUCUGGGGAUGGAGGGAUUUUAUCAUGGAUUGGAGGGAUCCAAAUGGCUGUUGACUUGGCGGGUGUGUUUAUAGGCCACGCAUACUUUUUUUGGUCAGAUGUGCUUCCAGAAAUGUACCCGGCUGAAGGUAACGGGGGACCGUUUACUCAAGUUAAUGAGUGGGUCCGCAGAAGAGCAGAUACCUUAAGACAGCAAUGGAGACAUGAGCCUGUGGAGAUUCCUGUGGAUGAAGUGGCACGGCCUUUACGCCCACGAGAGCAUCAUGAACAACGGCCAGCAGCAGUUGCAGUACCAGCAGAGCAAUUAGACACUGUGCAGGCACAGCAGCAGCCGCAGGUUUAUUAA